AGCUGGGAGUGCAGUGCAGUGCAGUGCAGUGUAGUGUAGUGAGACGGAGGGACAGGGCAUUCACCGAAGAGAGAGAGCGCGCGAAGCGAGGAACAAGAAACAGUGAAAGAUAUGGCAUCCAAAUGUCCGAAAUGCGACAAAACUGUGUACUUUGCUGAGAAAGUGACCUCUCUGGGAAGGGACUGGCACAAGUUCUGCCUGAAAUGCGAGCGCUGCAACAAGAUCCUGUCGCCGGGGAGUCACGCCUCGCAUGACGAUAAACCAUACUGCCACAAACCCUGCUACGCCACACUGUUUGGCCCUAAAGGUGUGAACAUCGGAGGAUUCGGCUCCUAUGUCUACGACCAGCCCCCGCCAGCCUCCAACACCCCGCCCUUGAGCGUGGCCCCCGAGAGUCAAGCCCCCAAGGCAGUUGCUCCGAAAACUGCAGCCCCUCCCAAGGGUCCCAGCAAAGCGUCCAGCAUGACCACCUUUGCCGGGGAACCCAACAUGUGCCCGAGGUGUGGCCAGAAGGUCUACUUUGCUGAGAAGGUGACGUCACUGGGCAAGGAUUGGCACCGUCCUUGUCUCCGAUGCGUGCGGUGUAGCAAGACCCUGAACCCGGGAGGCCACGCAGAGCAUGAUGGACAACCCUACUGCCACAAGCCCUGCUACGGAAUCCUGUUUGGACCAAAAGGGGUCAAUACUGGUGUUGUCGGGAGCUACAUCUAUGAGAAGAGUGAUGCUGCUGGGGGCCAGUGAUGGCUUUCAUACACUCCCUGGAAGAUCCAAGUUCAGUGUUGUGCUGUUUCUCCGCUUAACGCAAAGUGCUCGGGACACUGUCUUCACUGUAACACUCAGUAACAAUAGUUUAGAACUAAGGCGUGCUCAGAUGUAUUCCGUGUAGUGUGCAAUCUGUGAGGGAUGGGGAAGCGGUGGCCUCUGAUCACUAUCUCGAACGCUAACCUAGCUCCAAGCUGUUAGCAGCAACAAUACCGCAAACCUGCCCAAACUCACGUCGGUCCUCAAACCACAGGGCGAUGGUCAGGUCUAGAAUCCAGCAAAUGUUUUUACUUUGAGCUCUACUGCAGUAACCGUAAGUCUCGACAUCUUGAUCUAUUUGUAUUAUAAGCUGCUUGUCCCCUUGUUACUCACUGCCUUGUGAUUUCAGGCACUACAGUAUUAUAUUGUGCAGAGUUUGUUUCAAGAGUCUUGUUCUCUUUUUCUAAAGAAAGCACCAACAAAGUGAAGCACCCUGUUACGUUGCAUCAAUAAAAUAUUAAAUGCUUGUCACUACUUUUAUUGAUAAUAAAUAAUGGCCAAAUA